AUGAAGCACGGUACGGGCAUCAGUCUAAUUUUGAGCUUAUUUUUCGCCUUUAUAACGGAUCAGCGAAAAGUCACGGUGCUUUUUGAGCGGGUUGAAACCGUUUCGAAUGAUCAGUACGUUAAAAAUGUAAAUGUUUCGCUGUCGAAAAGCGGUGGACUCAAUGUUGAUGUACAUAAUCUACAAGUAGUGCAAGAAGUCUACGCACAAAUGCAAGUUACACUCCUGCAAUAUAUAGCAGGACAUGAUAUGAUAGUGAUGAACCGAACUGUCAAUUAUUGCCACCUCGGAAGGAAUAAAAACCCAGACAGAGAACAACUUUGGGCUGCCAUUAUGGAUAUAGCAGUCAAAUCAGGAAACUUCUCCCUAGGAUGUCCAUUGUAUCCAGGCUCAUAUUUUUUGCACAACUUGACUAUGACCGAUUAUGAGUUACCAAAUUUUAUCCCGGAUGCCAGAUUUAGACUUCUCUUCUCCCUCCUCACAGAGAACGAAAUCGGCGACUUAGUGCGGGUUUUGAAAUUUUCGAUACUAGGUCGUGUUAAAGCAAACAUCACAUUUCCCUAUUCUUUGCAAACAUUACAGCAAGAAAAGCUUAGCUUCCUACAGGAGCAUACUUAA